CCAGGAGCUCAUGCAGGCGGUGAAGGCGGAGGACGUCGGCGCGGUGCAGAAGCUGCUGCAGAGGCCCAAGCCGGGCAAAGCCAAGCUCCUCGGAUCAACCAAACGGGUGAACGUGAACUUCCAGGAUACAGAUGGGUUCUCCGCCUUGCACCACGCUGCCCUCAACGGCAACACAGAGCUCAUCCUGCUGCUUCUGGAGGCCCAGGCUGCAGUGGAUAUCAAGGACAACAAAGGGAUGCGACCCUUACACUACGCUGCCUGGCAAGGGAAGAAGGAACCCAUGAAGCUGGUGCUGAAGGCCGGCUCCUCGGUCAACAUCCCGUCGGACGAGGGACAGAUCCCUUUGCACUUGGCAGCCCAGCACGGACACUACGAUGUGUCAGAAAUGCUCCUUCAGCACCAGUCCAAUCCCUGCAUACUGGACAACAGUGGGAAGACUCCUCUGGACCUGGCCUGCGAGUUUGGCCGUGUUGGGGUGGUGCAGCUGCUUCUGAACAGCAACAUGUGUGCAGCCCUGCUGGAGCCCAAGCCGGGGGACAUCACUGACCCAAACGGGACCAGCCCACUGCACCUGGCUGCCAAGAAUGGGCACAUUGAUGUCAUCAG